UUUUUUUAUUUCAAAGGGGUUAAUGUCCGUACAAUGGAGAAGAGACACGGCGGAGAUUGAAUCCUCGCCUACAUGACUUUCCACUUGGGCUAAGAGGAGAAAGUCAUCAUAUAUUGAACAUUUAGCAUUAUGAAAAUUAUUUCCUUUAAUCUUUUAACCAAAUUUAUGUCUUUUUUAUUUUAAAAUUUUGCAUUUUUAAUUUUAAAUCUUUAGAAAAGCUAUAAUAUUUCAUGAAAAAUCAAUUAAACUCAAGCAUAUAGCUUUAUGGAUAUGAGAUUUCAAUUAACUGAUCCAAGGCUGUUUUUAUAAUUUCUUUUUAUAAAUGAGAAAAUUAAAAAAUAUAUAUCUGAAAACCGCUGCUCGGUGGUGAAAAAAAAUUUCUACAUAGCAAAAAAGGAAAUUUACUAGGAAAUUCUUGUUAACUGAGAAUCCAAGGAAACUUCGACUAAGGGGCACAGCUUCAUCUUUCCCUGUUCCUGUCUAUUCCCUUUCUUUUGUUCUGCGUCAAAGGGUUUUUAUUGUCUCAUUAUCUGAAUCUUUGUCUGCUGUUGAAUUUAAUUCCAAAACAAUGGGUGAGAGUGCUAAGCUCUCUCGAGGCCAAAGAGAUAAUGGUUGGGAUAGUAGGAAUCAGAAGAGAAGAUUGAAUUAUGGAGAUGAACAAAGCAAUAAUGAACUGGUUGUUUAUAGAAUACUUUGCCCUGAUGGCGUGAUUGGAAGUGUCAUUGGUAAAGGUGGUAAAGUCAUAAAUUCGAUUAGGCAGGAGACAAGGGCAAAGGUUAAGGUGGUUGAUCCUUAUCCUGGUGCUAAGGAUAGGGUUAUUACAAUAUAUUGUUAUGUUAAGGAGAAGGAAGAUGUUGAGGUAGACGAUGAAUUCAAUGACAAAGAACCGAUAUGUGCUGCUCAGGAUGCUCUUCUUAGAGUUCAUGCUGCAAUUGCCAAAGCUGUGUCUGUCAUGGGGGAUUCUGAUAAUAAACGGUCAGAUAAGUAUGGGGAGGAAUGUCAAAUUCUUGUACCAUCUAGCCAAUCUGCAAACAUCAUUGGGAAAGCUGGUGCAACUAUUAAGAAACUGAGGGGCAAGACAAGGACCAACAUUAAAGUUACUGCUAAGGAUGCUGGUGAUCCAAGCCAUUCAUGUGCCAUGGAUUUUGACAACUUCAUUCAGAUAGCUGGUGAAGCGGAGGCUGUUAAGAAAGCACUUUUUGCUGUUUCUGCAAUCAUGUACAAGUUCAGUCCCAGAGAAGAAAUCCCCCUUGAGACAACGGUGGCAGAAGCUCCUCCAGCUCCAAGCAUCAUUACCCCAUCAGAUGUCCCUAGUUAUCCACCAGGGGGCUUAUAUCCAAAUCCAGAUCUUAUUGUCCCUUCUAGAUCAGUUCCACCUAUAUUGGGUGCUGAACAUAUGCCAGAUCUUCAGGGAUAUGGCAAUACAGGGAGUACCUGGCCUGUGUAUUCAUCUGCUCUUCCUGUGUUUUCUGGUUUUGCUGGUGCCUCUCGACCUGCAGAGUUAAUAAUCAGAGUACUAUGCCCAUAUGACAAGAUUGGGCGUGUCAUUGGCAGGGGAGGGGGUACUAUCAAAAGUAUAAGGCAGGCUAGUGGAGCUCUUAUUGAGGUUGAUGAUACAAAGGCUGAUUGUGAUGAGUGUAUUAUCACUGUCAUAGCUACAGAGUCACCUGAUGAUUUAAAAUCCAUGGCUGUUGAAGCUGUUCUUUUGCUGCAAGGGAAGAUUAAUAAUGAAGAUGAUGAUACUGUAACUAUGAGGCUCCUUGUUCCAUCUAAAGUUAUUGGUUGUGUUAUUGGAAAAGGUGGUUCUAUUAUAAAUGAAAUUCGGAAGAGAACUAAAGCUGAAGUCUGUAUUUCAAAAGGGGAGAAGCCUAAGUGUGCUGAUGCCAAUAAUGAGCUCGUUGAGCUUGCUGGAGAAGUUAGUAGUGUAAGAGAUGCACUUAUACAGAUUGUUCUAAGGCUCCGAGAUGAUGUUUUGAAAGAAAAGGACAGUGGUCAUAACCCUUCUGUAGGAGAGGAUUCUCUCUACUCAGGUGGUGUAAGUCUUUCAGUGCCAUCCCUCUUGUCUUCUGUUCCUCCAGUUGCUUCUUUGGCUUUUGAUCAAAGGGCUGAAAGUGGAAGUGGCCUUGGUGUGCUUUCUUCAAGCAGCCUCUAUGGAUAUGGAACCCUGCCGAUGGGGGAAAAUGACUAUGGGUCCAUGUCCUCAUAUUCAUCGAAGCUCUAUGGAGGGUUGCCUCCAUCUUCAAGUCUUGAAAUAUUGAUCCCUCCUAAUGCAGUUGGUAAAGUGAUGGGCAAAGGAGGGCUCAAUUUAGCCAACAUAAGGAAGAUAUCAGGGGCAAUGAUUGAAAUUUCUGAAUCCAAAUCCUCACGAGGGGAACGUGUGGCUCUUAUAACUGGCACUCCGCAGCAGAAGCGUGAAGCUGAAAACUUGAUUCAGGCAUUUAUAAUGGCCACUUGAAUCUUAAAGAUAUUCUUGAUAGUUGAAGGUGAAUAGUUAAAAUCUUGGAAUUUUCUCUCUCAAAUAUUUCCUCUCGGUCAUCCCCUUAAGUUUGGUUUUUGUAGAUGGCUUGUUAUUCUAGUCUUUUUCAACCCAACUCUUUGUGUUUCUUCCAUAAGAAUGCCUUUCAAGAUUAUUCUGGAAGACGUGCUGCUGGUUUAGCAUUCAUGGGAGCUAGGUUCCGUCCUUGUUGCUUAAGUUAUUCUCCAUCUGUGAUAUCUUAGAACUUUUUAGGAUCUUUCUUUCUGUGAGAACUGUUAUUCCAGGUCUUAUCUUAGUACGGCGUCCUUAUUUCCAAUAUUGUUUUACUCUGAUUUUAAUGUUCACUCCUAGAAAUAUUUCAAUGACCGUAAGUGAUAAAUUCAUAGUAUGUUUAUUUAUUAUAUGUCUACCUUUCCUUCUAUUGUUCUGUUGCUCAAUAGACUAUCAUCCUACUGACAAUUCUGUGAAGCACAUUCUCCUUCCCUUACUUUUUAUUCUGAAUCUUGUGCCAUGUUCCUGGUAUCAUGAACUGAUCGAUGCAAAAACUGAACACUGUGUUCUAUACCAUACAAAUAUUUUAUUUCUGAGCAUCUCUUGAUACCUCGAUUAUCAUUUAUUGCCGAAAAAUUCACAGCAUGUCUGAUAGAAUUCAGUAUAACUCCUGUAUCUGGAAUUGUUUUCUGCUUGAGGAUGAUUGCAUUUAUCUUAUUCACUCUACACUCUUUUGCUUCCUUGGAUCUUGAACUGAAAUAUCAUUAUAUUACUUUUGGCUCUUGGACGUGGCUUAUGAAGAGGUUUUCUGAUCUUGAAUAGAGAUGCCCUUCGUGGAACUUUUCCUAGCAAACAGGAAAUGCAUGUUGUCUAAAGUCACCUUUCCCAUGCCAAGAAUAUCUUGGUUACAUUUCAUUGGCCUUGUUUUUGAAAUAAAAAAUCAGUUGAGCUUUAGGGAUAAGGAAUCACUGCAUUUUAUACUUUGUUGGCAAAUUCCUUAUAUUAUGGUAUCAGAUACCUAUAUUAAUGGUUGUGUAGCUCAUGAGCAUCAUUAGUGAUGCAUGACUAUCAUAUUGUUUCCUAGAAUGACAUGCAUAUAUAAAUGCAAGUGGUGGGCUGUGUCACCAUCAUGUUUAUUCUUCUGGCUUCUAAUAUGAAUAUUUUUGGUUGUUGAAUUUUUUCCGCAGACAACACAUUUUCCCUUCUUUCCAUUGCACUUUUCUUUGCAGUGGUUUUCAAUCUUUCUUUUCUUCCUCUGACCAGUACCCUUCCACCCCCCUGCCAUUGAUAACAAAGUAAAGCUGCUGUUUAUUCUUCUUCAAGAAAACUAUGUGGUGCAUUGCUGUUUUUAUUGUCAUGCGCCAAUUUUCUAAGCUUUGGAUAUUUUUAGUGGAUUUCUUUAGCAUUUCAGUGCUUAACACCAGCAACCUACUCCCAUUUCUCAGUCUCAUCCAGCAGCAGUUUGAAAACUUUGGGGCUUCUAAUGACUGCUAGCCAGUUUGUGUCAUGUUGAAACUCUGGCUGUCAGUGCCAUAUGCCCAUAUCUCAACUUAUUCUGUGAUUUUAGCAUGCUCUGUGUCGAUUAACUAUCUGCCAAUCGAUCUUUUACUUCAUGGUUGGGUGCUAUAAUAGGGAACUCAGUUCUUUUCUUCUAGUUCUUCUUUUUUAAACCAACCUUUGGCUUCUUAGUGUGUAUUAUAUGGUCUCCUGUCUCCUGCAGCAUAUUAGUUUAGGACUGAUCACUAAUUCUUCUCUAGCCACCUAUCUUUAGAGAAUGAAAAUCAAUGUUAAUUAUAUAUUAUUCUGUUGUCAAGGACUUUCUUUAGGUUGAUCAUUGGUUUUAGCAAGUGUAUAUUCAUUCUGCUGAAAUGAUGCCCCUGGACGGUAUGAACAACCCUUCACAGUUCACACCACCCUUGACCUAAGGCAUGAGGGUAUAGUUUUUGGUAUCAGUCUGCUGUAUCUAAUUGACACAUGUAUAAACAUGCCAAGACAUUUUAGUGGUACUAUUAGAGGUGAUAGUUGGAGCUUCAGCUGGAAUUUGUAUGAUUAGAUUCAAACUUAAAAAGCUGUUUUUUCUUGGUUUGAAUCCUUAUUUGUUAUUGAGCACAUGAAAGAGUUAUUAGAAUGUGAAAAGUUGUGAUGAAAUGCUCUUUUUGAUCUUAUGGGGAUGAAAAUCGUUUUGAUGGAAAUUGUUUGUGUUUUUUCCAUCAUUCUUUAUUGAUAAUAGUUGCAAUAAGCCUAUGUUUGGAUAUAGCUGCACCUCAUUGGAGGUGCAGUUAAGUUUCAACCAUUACCGAUUGCAUCCAAAUAUCAAUUUCAAUAAGAUUUAUUCAGUAUAAGUUUUUCAUUAAAAUUUUUUUUCAAUUGCAAUUACAGUAAUUGUUUUUUAAUUUUAAUCUCAUCCAUCUAAAUAAAUCAUAACGAAAUGAGUAAUGGGAACGAGAACCCACGCUAGAGGCUUCAGAACCGGAUCCAAACCCAGAGGGCAUACCAACAAGCCAUCAUGCAGGCCCGUUAGGGAGGGCUCAGAGUGGCUCUUAUUUCAUGUGAUUGGUUGACUGUUACGUUACGGCCACCAAUUUACUUGCACCAACAAAAAACUUUGACACAUGCGGCGAUAAGAUAGAGUAUUUUCGAUGGGAUCUUACUUGUAAUCAACUCCAAGACUUCAUUUUUCCCUUUUCUUAAACUUAUCUUUCGUUUUCUUUGCUGUUUUUUUAUUAUCCUUUUCUCUUAGCUUUUACCCAAAAAGAAAAAGUCUUGCCUUUUUCAAUUUCUUCUUAUUGUCUGCAUGAUUAUAAAGGAAGAUCAAUAAAUUUGAAGAAAACCCAAGUUCUUAAUACGAGCUUUAUAGCUUUUCUUGAAAACUUAAAGUUCAUAGCUUUUCAUUCAGUUGUUUCUUACAUAAUCUUCGACAGUGUAAUUGAGUUUUUCAAAACAAGAAUGGGAUGCUUUUGUCGGAUUCCUACAAAGCUGGGAUAUUAGAUAACCGAGAGACAUUGGGAUUUGGAAGGGAGAGUUGUAUUUAUCACGGAUACCACAACCGCCGUUAAAAAACUUCAGCAAAACGACAAUCCUA